ACAUAUUUCACCGCCGAGGAAGAAGAAGGACGAAGAAUAACAACAAUGGCGGCGCAAUGACCGAAGCAGACAGGACCUAUGAGAGAGGGUAGACAGGAAAACACACCUGAGAGUCUCAAAGGGGGUGUUGAUUCCUGGUCUGGUCCCGAUCCUGGUCUCCUGUGUCCUGGUCUCCUGGUGUGGUUCCUUUCCUAGUCUCCUGGUCUGGCUGCCCUCUCAGUCCCUGAUGCAGGGCAGCAGGCCCAUGGUUGAGGUGGUCCGCCUGGGCCUGGUCUCCUACCAGGAGGCUCUACGGCUGCAGCAGGUCUACGUGAACCGGCACCGGUCCGGUCCAGCUCAUGCUUUGCUGCUGUGCCAGCAUCCUCCGGUCUACACCACAGGGAUCCGCCAGAAACCUUACCCCGCCCCCUUACUGGACCGCCUCCGCCUGCUGGGGGCGGAGGUCCACCGCACCAACCGAGGAGGACUCAUCACCUUCCAUGGGCCGGGACAGCUGGUCUGCUACCCGGUCCUCCACCUGAGCAGCUUCAAGAAGAGUGUCCGCUGGUACGUCUGUGAGCUGGAGAAGACCAUUAUCUCUGUCUGUAGCAGGUUUGGUAUCGACGCAUCAACGUCUCCUCACACUGGCGUCUGGGUUGGAGACAACAAGAUCUGUGCUAUCGGAAUCCACUGCGGUCGAUACGUCACGUCUCAUGGCUUUGCUCUGAACUGUAACACCGACAUGUCGUGGUUUGGACACAUCGUACCGUGUGGUAUCGAAGGUAAAGGAGUGACGUCGCUGAGCAAAGAGCUGCAGAGAGACGUCAGCGUGGAGGAAGCCACCCCUCACCUGCUGGACGCCUUCAGAGAUCAGUUCAAUUGUGAGCUGGCGGACGGACAAACAGAGCAGGACAAUGGUGCAUCAUCAGCGUAGAAACUGACUUGAUGGAUUAACCCUCUGAAAUGUAUGUUUUCUUUAAAGAAUCGCCAAAAGUCCUUGAACGGAUUACAUUUUUGAUUCUUUUUUUUUUUUAAUAUGGCAGUUUUAAAAGGCUACCAGUUUUGAGUUAUGGAUAAUGGAGUUUGUAUUCCUUUUUAUUUACAUUAAAAAUGAAAUAUGAACAUUUUGUCCUCUAUUUGAUUUUUUAAAAAACAGCAGCAACAACAGAAAC